AUGUCGGGGCAGAACCCGUUGACUCCCCCCAACGGUGCGUCAACCGAGGCUGAAGCUACGCUCAAUGCUACGAUCCUGACAGCAACAGGAACAGCAGCAGUGCUGUACUCGACGCACCAAGCCCCCGGGACACCCGUCAGUAUGGGUCUCGAAGGUCCUGAGGAGAGACCCGACAUGGCAGAGAGACAAGAAUCGCUCCCUCUGAGCGACGAGGACUACGACAUGUCUGAUGGAGGUGCUGCCUUGACAAUGACACUCUCGCACGCGGAAGCGCUCAACAACGAGAUGGACCUGUUGGAUGCUGAAGUAAUGGGUCACGACAACCUCAUCGGUCUAUCCGGGCAUGAAUCCUACUUUCCCGAAUCUCCAGCUCUUCCAGAUCAUUCCCCAGACGAUGAGCCGCCGGACUGGACUUAUGGUGCGGAGCAUAUCUACACGCAAGAACUACUUGCUGGGCCAACGAGUAUACCAGCCGCCAUGUCAGAGCUGUCACAGCAGUUACAGCACUUACAAGAGGGGCAAGAUCAUGCAGACAUCGCAGGCGUGGCGGACGAUAUACAUGGUGCCAUCCACCAUCAUGAUCACAGUACUCCCUCCAUUCUCUUACCCAUCUUCUCGAAUCUUCAGAACGGAGGUCUUACCCUGGCAGGAGCUGGGACUCAGCCGAGUUUUGUCACGAUGUCCCAAGUUACUCCCAGUCAUCUCUCGAUGUUCCAAGUCAACCCUAGUACUUUGCCCACCGCGCAAUUGCCUUGGCAAGCUGGGCCAGGGGCAGAGAUAACAUUCCCAGCAGUGCUCGCUCAGGCUUCUUCUCAAGCCCAGCCACCUUUUCAUAACCCUGUCUGGGAUGACUUUGACGAUGAGGAUGCUGACCAGCCUGAAGUCGACGACCAGUUCAACCUCGGUCUCCGUCACUUUUUGGAGAAUUGGGGAAGGUCUGCAUUACGUACUCAGAACGAGGCGUCCCGGCGUCAUUCUCGAGGGCCAGAUCUGGUUGCGAUUCGUGAACACAUGUUGGAAGUUCUUGAUCCGGUAGAACGCAGCGACCUCCAAGGGGACAGGUGUGAUAUCCAACGGAUCAACUGGGCCGAUCUUGGAGUGACUCCGUUGGCCGCUCGGCAACAACGUCGAAACACAUACAGAAAUUACACCAACUUGAGGCCUGAGCAGGGGCGGUGGCAUCCUCGUGUAUGCGGCUCCAUACUCGAUGAUGACCAGAACUUUUUCAAAUUCAGACGCAUGGACUUCAACCAUGACAUCAAUUUGUCACACUUUCAGCUCAGAAACCUCAUUGCGUGUGCUUCUCGUGAUCAUGUAUUCUACGCUGGCAGAGGACAGGUGAUGCACUGGAAUCCUCGGAGCUCCUCUGCCGAACCGGAUGUCGCCAUGGACCUUCGUAAUCCUACUGUACAGCCUGUCAACUUCAUAUCCGGUGCACCUAAUGGCAUUCAAAUAUCAAGUUUGGCGGUCGGUCAUGAUAUACUUGUUGCUGGUGGUUUCGCUGGGGAGUAUGCGCUGGUCAAUCUAAGGUCGCAGAAGGACACUAAACACACAGAAGGCCUCGUCACAGACAGCAGCCAAAGCAUCACCAAUUUCAUUCAGGUACAUUCUGCUCGUCGCUCUCAUGGACCUCUGGCUGCCUUCUGCCCGAACGAUAACUCCAUGCGGAUUCUGGACAUUAGUACGAACAAGUUCAUUGCAGAUCACAGAUAUGAGCAUGCUAUCAACUGCACAGCGAUCUCUCCCGACCAACGUCUUCGAGUCGUAGUGGGCGACACUAAACAAGUCAUGAUAUGCAAUGCCGAAACUGGCGACAUACUCCAGAGUCUCGAUGGCCACCGAGACUUUGGCUUCUCGUGUGACUGGGCAGAUGAUGGCUGGACUGUUGCUACUGGCAAUCAGGAUAUGCAAGUCAAGAUUUGGGAUGCCAGAAAAUGGACGAACAGUCAAGGCUUGGGCCAACCAAUUGCCACCAUUGCGGCCGAUACGGCAUGUGUCCGGAAGCUAAAGUUCUCGCCCCUAGGAUCCGGAAAGAGGGUUCUGCUGGCGGCUGAGCCGGCGGAUAUCAUUAGCGUCAUUGAUGGGGGCUCAUUCUCGAGCAAACAGACUCUGAGCUUCUUCGGGGAGAUCGGAGGCGUUGACUUCACAAACAAUGGCCAAGAAGUUUUCGUGGCGAACUGUGACGAUAUGAGAGGCGGCUUGCUACAGUAUGAACGAUGCGGUCUCGCAAGCCACGGUCGCUACGGCCUCGAGGAGGCAUAUGACCUGAAGCGGAAGAGCCGAAACCGAAGACGAGGCGAGGGCCACGACUGGAAGGGAACCGACGAAGAGGUCGCUAGACACCACAAAGCAAAGGGGACCGAAAUGCAGCGGAUCAGAAGAGCUGCAAAGCUAGGCUUUGCCAUGGGCCAUUUCUGA